AGCGACAAUUGCUCGCUUUUGGCAAGCAAAAUAGGGUGUCCAAUUUCGGUUCCGAGGAUGUCCUCACCAAUUCAAACACUUUCUGCUUCUCAAUAUAAAGCACAACAUAAUGAAUUAAAUGCCGAUGUUGUUCUCGACUAUUUACAUACACAUCCAGGCUUUUUAGAAUCUUUUGUAACGGGACCUCAAAUUUCUGCAGAAACAUUUCAACGAUGGACACUCAAAAGAAACAAUAAAUUACGUCGAGAUUCUCGUCGUCAAUUACUUUCUGGGUUUUCGACACCCGCCGGCCGAAAAAAUUUUCGACAAAUGCUUUCUGACAAUAUUGUAAAUAGAAAUCGUUUACUUUACGAAUUGGCAUUGAGUUGUGCACAAGUAGCACAAGUUGAACAGUUUGAACUUGUUGAUGAGGUAAAUUCAAUCAACUCUGUGUCUUCAAAUACAGGAGCAAGUGAGGAUAUCCCAUCAAUCAUUGGAGGCGGAAUAUUCAAUACUGGAGGUUUAAUAAAUUCUAUAACUGAUAAUGUGGCAACAACAAAUAACAACAAUUCAUCACCAUCUACCUGGCUUUCUGUAAUUCGAUCAGAUGAUGAGGCUGGCACAAUAAAGUUACGAAAAGUUCGCAAACAAAGAAAACCACCGGUCCAUGUUUUGAAAUUAUUCGAUUGUGAUGAAACACUUAUUGGUGAAAUCCAUUUCUUUUCUGUUGUUAAUGAUAGAGAUGGACAAUUUUUACAAGUUUUGACUACUUGGGCAGGUGUUGGCAUUCAUUUUGCUAAACUUUCAGUACAGCCUACACCAAUUAUUGGUACAUCCCCAUCACCUGAAGACAUGGAAUAUGUAAAUAGACAACGUAAACUAAACUCCUUUCUUCUUGAUGUUGUCAAAUCCAUUUUCCAAGACAUUAUCACAAUGGAUACAGUUAUUCUUAAAGUUAUGAAUUUUGCACAAAAACUUGUUGAUGCUGAUCGGGCUUCGUUAUUCCUUGUUGAUAAUAAAACACAAGAGAUUUAUGCACGUAUUUUCGAUAUUAGCCAACCAGAACAGAAUAAUUUAAAUAAUGAAAAUAAUAGUCAAAAUGGGAAUGGAGAGAUUAGUCCUCAAUUAAAUCCUGCACAUGUUUACAAUCAAGAUGGACAAAAAGAAAUUCAUUUUCCAAUUGGAAAAGGAAUUGCUGGACAUGUAGCAUUGACUGGAGAAAGUUUAAAUAUUACCAAUGCUUAUGCUGAUGAACGUUUUAAUCGUGAAAUUGAUUCAUUAACAGGUUAUCACACUCAAUCAAUUCUUUGUAUGCCUAUAUUUAUUCGUGGAAAUAUAAUUGGAGUUGUUCAAAUGGUUAAUAAAAGAAAUGGUGUAUUUACUCAAGUAGAUGAAGAAGCUUUUGAAACUUUUGCUGUUUAUUGUGGUCUUGCUUUGCAUCACGCAAAACUUUAUGAAAAGAUUAGACGAUCAGAACAGAAACACAAAGUUGCUUUAGAAGUCCUUGCUUAUCACAGUGUUUGUAAUAGAGAUGAAGUUAACAAAUUAAAGAAAGUUAAAGUCAAGGAAACUAUUCCAGAACUUGAUCUUUUUGAAUUUAAUGGAAAUCGUCUCUCAGAAUUAGAAAAACCUUUAUAUGCUGUUUAUAUGUUUAGAAAACUUUUUGAUGGACAAAUUUCAUAUGAUUGUGAUGAUUUAAUUCGUUUUGUUUUAACUGUUCGCAAAAAUUAUCGAAAAGUUCCUUACCACAAUUGGACACAUGGAUGGACUGCUAUUGCUCUUUUUAUGGCCUCAAUAUGUCAUGACUUGGAUCACAGAGGAAAAAAUAAUCAAUAUAUGAAAAAUAUGAGUACACCUUUGGCAAAUAUUUACUCAACAUCAGUAAUGGAACAUCACCACUUUAAUCAAACUGUGACUAUUUUACAACAGGAUGGCCACAACGUACUCAAAUCUUUAAAUUCUUCCGAUUAUAAAAAAAUAUUGAGCACAAUUCGUCAUUGUAUUUUGGCAACUGAUUUGGCACUUUUCUUUCCAAAUAAAGCCCAAUUGAGUGCUAUAAUUAAAGAAGGAAUAUUUAGUUGGGAUGACACAAAACAUCGUAAUUUGGUCCAAGCAAUUCUAAUGACUGCUUGCGAUUUAAUUGCCACAGCAAAACCUUGGCAAGUUCAGACUGAAACUGUAAAAGUUAUUUUUGAAGAAUUUUAUGAGCAGGGAGAUGCUGAAAGAAUGAAUGGGCGAGAACCUAUUGCAAUGAUGGACAGAAUGCGUGCUCAUGAAUUACCUCAAAUGCAGGUUGGCUUUAUGAGAGGUAUUUGUAUUCCUUGUUAUGAAUUGUUGGCGGAUGUUAUUCCCGAAGCAGAAAAACUUAGGGAACGUUCAAGAUGUAAUGCAAAUAAAUGGGAGGAAAUGUCCGAAGAACAAAAACGUGUACGAAAUAAUGAAGUUAUAAAUACUGAAUUAACUAGAAAAAUGGCAGAGGAGGAAGAAGAAGAAACUGCUCUGGGAAAUGGAGAUUAA